GCGGAGGGCACGCAGGCCGCCAUGGGGGACUGGAAGGGCUACAUCAGCGCCGUGCUGCGGGACCAGCGCAUCGACGACGUGGCCAUCGUGGGCCACUCGGACAACCGCUGCGUGUGGGCCUCCCGCCCCGGGGGCCUGCUGGCCGCCAUCUCCCCGCAGGAGGUGGGCGUGCUCACGGGCCCCGACCGCGAAUCCUUCCUGCACGCCGGCCUGAGCGUGGCGGGCCGCCGCUGCUGCGUCAUCCGCGACUUCCUGCUGGCCGACGGCGACGGCGUGCUGGACGCCCGCACCAAGGGGCUGGACGGGCGCGCCGUGUGCGUGGGCCACGCGCCGCGCGCGCUGCUGGUGCUGCUGGGCCGGCGCGGGGUGCACGGCGGCGUGCUCAACAAGACGGCGCACGACCUGAUCCGCGGGCUCGGCGUGCAGAGCGGGUAG